AUGUCUAUUGGCACCAAUUCAUUGACUACGAUAUAUAUGGCAGUCUCUGGAAUCACAGGAUUUCCUGAGGUUUCAAAAGUUACUCUGGUCAAUGGAGUUCAAGUUAAUUAUCAUGGCAGUAAUGGUCGACAGACCAUCCCCAGGCUGCAGGUCAUGGCAGAUGCUAUCAAUGUGGAAUUCUGGGAACAUCUCACAGAUCUCCGCAACACAAAAUCGGACAUGGCGGGAGAGAAUCUGAAUACAAUAAUGAAGAAUACAAACCAGACAUCUGAUAAGAUCAGAGAUGUAGAAUCAUCCAUUGAUGGAAUCCACAUUUUCCAAUGGAUAACAAUUGUUGAGAUCACUGAAGACGGCUCCAUUAAGAGAUUGAUGCGGUUUGGAUUUGAUGGAAAGGACUAUAUUAAUUUAGAGCCAGACAGAAUAAGAUGGGUCACAACCAAUCACAUUGUAGUGAAGACUAAGGAAGAAUGGGAUUCUGACGAAUCCUGGAACAAGUAUUGGAAACGGAUUCAGCCUGAAGUGUUCAUCUCCAGAAGUGACCCCAAUAGUCAGUACAAGCCGCUCACUCUCUCCUGCCUGGUUACUGGGUUUUAUCCUGUAGACAUCGAGGUGAGCUGGCUAAGGAAUGGGGAGGUAAUGUCUGAGACACUAUCCUCGGGUGUUCGACCCAACCACGAUGGGACACAUCAGAUCCAGAAAGAGAUUGAAAUAAAUACUGGGGAUGAGGAUCAAUACUCCCGUCAAAUUGAACACAGCAGCCUGGCAGAGACCCAGCUCUAUCAGUGGGGUAAGGAACUGUAG